UCAAUCUUUCUCUUUUCCUAAACCUAUUUUCGCGUUCUGCCAGUAUCAGCCACUGCACCACGCCCCGCCGCACGCCGUUCCCGCCCGACGCCGUCUCAGCGGCUGCUGCCGCACGCUGCACUCUCAGCUGAUGCAGUCUCAGCGUUCGGACUAAAUCUUCGCCGCCCCUCCCUCUCACACUCUCUCGCCUUUCCGAGCAAUCGGAUUUACUUAUCUCGGCCACUUUUCGCUGAAACACAGUGGUUCAGCCCCUGACCCGCGCCGUAGUUUUUUAGUCAAGAAUGCAGCACGACGAAGUAAUAUGGCAGGUCAUCCGCCACAAUCACUGCAGCUUCAUGGCCAAGAUUUCAACUGGGAACUUCUGUAGAAACCCUUAUAAUGUUACUGGGAUAUGUAAUCGGAGUUCAUGUCCUCUGGCUAACAGUCGCUAUGCUACUAUUCGUGACCAUGAUGGGGUUUUCUAUCUUUAUAUGAAAACAAUUGAAAGAGCUCAUAAGCCAAAUGAGUUGUGGGAAAGAGUUAAGUUGCCAAGAAAUUAUGAGAAGGCACUGGAAAUUAUAGAUAAACAUCUGAUGUACUGGCCUAAGAUACUUGUACACAAAACAAAGCAACGAUUGACUAAAAUGACCCAAAUGCGGAUACGAAUGAGGAAGCUUGCUUUGAAAACAAGGGAGAAGAUAAUGACUACGCCCAGAAAAGAGAUUAAAAGAGAAGCCAGGAGGGAGCAGAAGGCUGAGAAAGCAGCAUUGUUAGAUAAGAGCAUUGAAAAGGAACUACUGGAACGCCUUAAGAAAGGAGUGUAUGGUGAUAUAUACAACUAUCCUGUCGAAGCAUAUAAUGAAGUUCUUGAAAUGGAAGAAUUACAGGCUGCCAGUGAAGAGGAGGAGGAACCAGAAAUCGAAUAUGUUGAAGGGUAUGAAGAAUUAGAAGAAGAAGAAGAUAUGGAGGAUUUUGGCGGUCUUGCAAUUCAUAAUCCAGAAGCAGAUGAAGAUAGUGAUGGAAUAGAUGAAGACCUUGAAGAUAUAGACGUUCCUCACAAGAGAGGAAGAAAGGACUCUACUUCUUUGAGGAAGCUCGAGAAAGAUGCUCGUGCCAAACUGAAGAAGAAAGCGAGGGUUAUAGUUGAGGUUGAGCAUGAAGAUGCCGAUGAGCGCCAAACAACAGUCCACUAGAUGUUUUCAUUAGCUGCUAUUGUAGAGGAGGCUAAGGAGGUUCCAAGGAGAAAGGCUUUUGGAUAUGUUUUGUUCUCCUUCAGACUACAGAGCCUUGGUGGAGACAAGUAAGCUUUUUGUUAAUUGGAGUCUCCAGCUUCCAUAGAUUGUGACAUAUUCAAUUUUGCUGUCUCUGGGAAAUGCAUUAGGUCCCAAGGAAACACCCCAUUAUUCAGCAUUUUCCUUCUUAGAAGGCUAACCUACCACCUACCUACCAACCAAGGUUUCUCUCUGUUUAGGGCCACUUUUUGUUUUGGUUAUUGAAACAAACUUCAAAUUCUAACCUCAAUAGCUCAUCAAUGAGAAGGCCUUUGUAAUCUUAUUCAUAACUCUGAUCGGGUUGGCGUCUCCUGGUUUUGUAUUAUUUAUGGUGCACCAGGCUCCAGAAAUUUUUGCUGUUUUAAUCUUUGAUUCAAAGUUAUCAUCAAAUUUGAUGUUGAAUUCAUCAAUUUACAGUUCGUUA